AUGGAGAUCACCAAUGUCACCGAAUAUCAGGCAAUUGCCAAGGCAAAAUUACCGAAGAUGGCCUACGACUACUAUGCAUCAGGUGCAGAGGAUGAGUGGUCACUGGAGGAGAAUAGAAAUGCUUUCUCAAGAAUCCUGUUUAGGCCAAGAAUUCUGAUUGAUGUUAGCAAGAUUGAUAUGAGUACUACUGUUUUGGGAUUCAAAAUUUCGAUGCCUAUCAUGAUUGCCCCAACCGCUUUUCAGAAAAUGGCUCACCCUGAAGGUGAGUAUGCAACUGCAAGAGCGGCAUCAGCUGCAGGAACAAUUAUGACCCUGUCAUCAUGGGCUACAUCCAGUGUUGAAGAGGUUGCUUCCACCGGACCUGGCAUCCGUUUUUUCCAACUCUAUGUCUACAAGGACAGGAAUGUUGUUGCUCAGCUUGUGAGGAGAGCUGAAAGGGCAGGUUUUAAGGCUAUAGCCCUUACGGUUGACACACCAAGGCUGGGGCGUAGAGAAGCCGAUAUUAAGAACCGUUUCACUUUGCCACCAUUUUUGACAUUGAAGAACUUCGAGGGCUUAGACCUUGGGAAGAUGGACAAAGCUAAUGACUCUGGAUUGGCUUCAUAUGUCGCUGGUCAGAUUGAUCGCACUCUGAGUUGGAAGGAUGUCAAGUGGCUCCAGACCAUCACUUCAUUGCCCAUCCUUGUGAAGGGUGUGAUCACUGCCGAGGAUACAAGACUUGCUGUUCAGAAUGGAGCAGCUGGUAUCAUUGUGUCCAACCAUGGUGCUCGUCAACUUGAUUAUGUUCCUGCAACAAUUUCAGCCUUGGAAGAGGUUGUUAAAGCUGCACAAGGACGUGUUCCUGUGUUCUUGGAUGGAGGUGUCCGACGUGGUACUGAUGUGUUUAAAGCCUUGGCCCUUGGAGCUUCUGGCAUAUUUAUUGGGAGACCUGUUGUUUUCUCGCUGGCUGCAGAAGGAGAAGCUGGUGUUAGAAAAGUACUUCAGAUGUUGCGCGAUGAAUUCGAGCUGACCAUGGCAUUGAGUGGUUGCACGUCGCUUUCAGAGAUCACUCGCAACCACAUCGUGACCCCCUGGGAUGCUCCACGCAUUCCAGCAGCCAAGCUUUGA